AUGAGUGAUGGAUCACCAUUGACAUCUGAUGGUGAGAUCGACAUUCAGCCAUUGAUAACAAAGUUAGGUAGGCUUAUUUUUUGCAAAUAUUAUGAGUAAAAUGUUGACAAAUUGUUGACCAUAUUUAUUAUUAAUAAAAUUACUUGGUUUUACUUUACACUUUUACACUGUCAAAAUUCCUGAGAUCAGUAUAUGACAAUGUAAAGCCACUUCAAAUGGCAUUAUUUACUCUUUAUUUUGUGUCUGUGAUCUCAGAAAAUUUUGACUGGUGGAGCAGCCGAGCAGGGUUAUGGAGGGGCACCCCUGAAAACCCUCACUGUUUUUAAUAAGCUUAGAUCGAUCUGGCCUGUGUUGGCACAGACAAUUCUGACAUGUAUUAGUGCAAGCCUCUCAAAACCAUUUUUAUUUGCAACCAAAUACAAGGCUACUUACAUAUAAUGAAAAAUUAAAAUUAUUUUCUCACUCUGAUGACUGAGGCUGCUGUAUGGUAGCUGAGCUUAUAUAUAUUCAGGUAGUUGCAUCCCUAUCAACGAAAAGCUUGUUCUAAUAUAACAAACCCACCAAUACGUUCUGUUCAAUAUUAAAUUUAUAGGUCACUCUGUAGAAGAAAUCCGUGUCCGUGCUUUGCAAAACAUAAUAUUUAAACUCCACCAUGAUUUACUUUGUGUGGGUGAUGUUGUACAUAAGAAGGAACUGUUUAUAAAGUUGUUGGAAUGGUUUAAUUUUGGACCUUGUUCGCAGCAAAAAGACGUUCUUCAACUGCUGGAAAAAUUGUCAAAGGUUGAUUUUUUUUAAAGGUGAUCUACAGUCCGAUCUGCGCAUGUGCACAAAUGAGCCCACUUUUUAUGAUACAAACAGUUUAACUAUGUUUUGAGUUCUUGAAAAGCCUGAUUGUUGUUUCUUGAUCAUUUAUUAUACUCCAGAAGCUUGAAAAUAUAAAUAGUUGUCGAAUAAAGCUCAAUAUUUUGGACACAAUAAUGUAAACAAAGCCUUUGUUUACAUACGGACUGUAGAUCACCUUUAAAAGUAGAACUUAACCAAACAUUAUUUAUGCUGGGUAGCUAUGUUUGUUCCAAACUGUUCUCUUCAGUUGGAGCCAUCUUUUAUUGAUCCCAUUUGUCACACCAGAGCACACACAUAAAAAUCUCACAACUUGUCAACAAGAUGUGUUCACAACAGGCUUGUACAAACUUGUCACAAGUUGUAACAAUGCUGUUAUUUUACCAAGUUGCUACAAUGUUGUCACUCACAACUUGACAAAUUGUUGAAUUGCAGGAUAAUAACAAGUUGUUGGAACAACCUUGUAGCAAGAUGUCAACAAGCCGGCGUUGACAACUUGUCAACAAGGCUGAACAAGCAGUGCGAACACAUCCUGUCUGCUGCAGGUUUCUUACAGCCUGUGCAUUUUUACAUGUGUAUCUAGAGAAACCCAGUGGCGCCGUGGGUCCCAUGUUUUGGGGAGGGGGGCCAAGGGCAGUACUUUUCCGACAAACCCCAAUGAGGAAAAAAUUUUCUGGACAACAACAUUUUAAAUCUUCCAAUCUUAUGAUCAGACAACUGCAAGUCACAGGAAUUGCAUUCAGGUGGCAAUUCCCUUUACACAAUUUUUACUUUCAACAGCACAGUUCAGGUUUGGAAACACUGGUUAGUAUCGGAGCUGUCGAUUUUUUGUCUCAUUUACGUCGUGAUGUGGAUCCAUCUUUAUACCAGUAUAUUGACGAUGUUCUGACGAACCUACUCAGUUUACCUGAAGUACUUGACUCCGAUGACGAGCAACUGCAUUAUGACAGAGAGAAGCACACCAAUGACUUUGAUCUGGAUGUCAAAUCUGCUGACGCUGAACUUUUGCACAAAAAAGUAGGGGCAGAUAUUGAACAUGCAAAAGAGGAACAUUCAAUUCCAGUACAAAAAUCAGUGGACAAAAUUCAGACCAUUCCUGUGGGACAGGAAUGGCAUGCGGGUGAAGGUAUUGGUAUGUUGCAGUAUAUAUACUUUACUGGUCACCAGAUCCACGGUGGUCAAAAUUACAUCAAUUUCCGAACUGUUGACAGUUAUGGCAAGAAAAUUAACCUCAAUUCUAUCUAUUUUUUCCUGAUUAUAAAAGACUACUACAUAUAAUGAAAAGCCUUAACAUGAUUAUUUUCUGCCUUUUCUCACUCUGUGGCAGCUUCUAAUAAUUGUGGUUGCUCACCAACUGCUGAACAAUAGUGUAAAGUGAACUGCAGCUUUAUUAAAUGGCCAGCUGUCCUUUCCAUACAAUGACAUAUGUCAUUUCCACAAGAAAUCAAAGUGCUAGCUGUGCACUUGUCAACAAAUCAUCACUUCUUUUAACAGUUGAGGACAUCAAGAUUCAAACUGACUGGCGCUUUCCAUGGAUUUCGCUUGCUGACAGUGACCGUCAUGUAUUAGCUACCACAAACACUCGCCUGCAGAGCAACAACACAAGUUUAGCGAAGAAAUCAUGUGAAUUUCUAAGCGAUGUGCUCUUCAAAGAUUUUCCUGCGGAGAUUUUCUUACAGCGACCAAGUAUUGUGAUGGUAGGUUACUGGCUUACUGACAAACUAACUUUUGAGAACGCCAUUGAUUGAAAAAUUAGAUCUGAUAAAGCUAUUCAGUCUAAGUAAAGUUAGUUUAGUUUAGUUUCAUUACUUUCAACUUGUCUUUGUAGACUUUACUUACCCUGGUUGAAGUUCACUCACCAGAACAACAGAAUGUUUCUACCUCUGCAGUCACGUGUUUGUCCACAUUAUGUAUUCAUCUUAAACAUCGUUAUCUCCUGAUGACUGAUCCACAGUGGUAUAGUUUGUAUCCAGGUGAGGUUCUAGCUGCCACGAUAGGAGGGUUAGCUUGCAAUCCUUCACGCUUUGGUUGAACAAUGCAGUGACAUGGUUCAUCGUCAUGGUGAAUAAGUCACCCACCCUAGGUGGCAGAAUGCAUUACUGGUAUCACUAAGGCUACAUUUAUACUAGACCGAAUAGCUUUCGAUAGCUGCGCUAAAAAGCACCUAACCGAUACGAAAUGUACAACUUUUAGGAGCUGAGCGAAACGGCAACAUCUCAAUAAUUCCUCAGAAAAUAGCGUUCCUAAAACAGUAAAAGGUACGGUUAGGUGUUUUUUCACGUCGCCACGAACAGCUGUCAGGUACGUUGCAAACGUAGCCUGAGUUAAUUAGCGGAGAGCUCCUUAAUAGUUUGUCUGAGUUACGAGAAAGAGAUGGACACUUCGCUGUUUCGAGAAAAUGCCCUUCGUCAACAGUAGCUUAAGUUUAGGCUUUUUAAUCGUACAUAAUUCAUAAGCUACCGGGGUUGGUUUCUGAACUUCCACCUGGCUGAUCACUAACUAGGCUACCUGGAUCCCUACGUUUGAAAUAAUCAUGAGUAAAGACCUUUUUGCCAGAAAUGUAUUUGUAUAUUUGGUGAUAGUCUGACUGUAUGUUCCAGUGGUCUCAAAAUGAACUUACUAUGUUUAGAGUGUUGGAAACAUUGGCUCAGCAAUACCUCAGUUUCUUCAAGUACUAUGGCUUCUCCGACAAGUGAAACAUCUGAAUUUCGAACCACUGGUGAUGGAGGCGAAACAUCAAGGUUAGGAAUGAUAUAUCUACAGUAACUCCAUAUCUAAAUUACAGUGGAACAGUUCAGAACGAAAAUAUUCAUAGAUGUAUCUCGAAAAUGUAAUCCACAAUCAUUUAAUGGUAUCUGCAAGUGUGUAAUUUGUCUCUAUUCUGUGACCUCGUUCGUUUCUUCAUGAUUUUUUCAGCGAGUCGUCAAAAACUACGAGCGGUGGAUACGCUUAUGAUGAUGAGGCCGAUGGCCUGGUGCGAGAGGCUUUGGAAUUAAACCAACUGUCCAUUGGUGAAUUUUGUCUGCAAGUGUUGCGAGGUUGUUGUCCGUUGUUACAGAGUGUUGCUGACCCGUUGCUGGUGUUAGGAGCUCUGCAAGAGGCGUUGAGUUUGCUUGAAGUUUGUUAUCCACGUCACCAAUGGUGGAAUCAUCAUAAAAUGGUAAUUUGUUUACAGUUUAAAAUGGUAUGGUGCAGUUGAUGGUAUAGUGGUGAGAUAUGUCAAUAUGCAGUUGUUUUAUGGUGAUAACCUCAGUCAAAUAAGAGAAGAAUGCUUGCAGUUUGAUUCUACCAAACACUGCAGGUUUUCUGGAGCAAUAAUGGUUGCUCUAUAGCUUACUGGACCUCUAGGAAGACGAGUUCAGAACUGAUAGAACUAUCCGGUAUAAAACAAGUUAUUUAGAACUAAUUGUGUUACUUAUGUUGUGUGGUUGUUAGAAGCCAUUACGGGAAGAAGUGUGUAGUUUGGUUGGUAAAACGAUCAACUAUCACAUGUUAAAAUGUGGUCUCCAACCAUCGGAUGGUAUCGUGGAACAUAACAUCACACGACACGCAAUGACUGUCGUCAAUAUCGCACUUUGGUUGAUGGAAUUUUAUGGACCUUUGAUCAACCUGGUAAGUGACGACGUGCCGUCAACGUCGUCAACGUCGUCAACGACGUGACGACGUCAACGACGUGACGACGUCAACGUGCCGUCAACGACGUGCCGUCAACGUCUAGGCAAUGUCGAAUAUCAAGAAGACAAGAUAACAACACGGUGCUGAUUUCCAGGUGUUUUCUCAUGAAUUAUUAAUGAAUUUGUGAAGACAUAUCCUUGUGGUCGUUUAAGCACUCUGGCCACAUUACACUCUGCGCAUGUCUAGAUAAUUGAUACCGUCGUAUUGUGGGGAAUGGUCCAAUUUUCUAUAUUAACAAAAUUGGUUACAGUAAAAGUUGAAAUUAAUACUUCGUGAUGUCUUUCCCAGGAUUACGAAAAUACUGACGAAGAUCUUGAUAACGCGUUUCGAGCUUUAUUGACCAACGAAAUUCUCUUCACCAUUCUGCCUGGGAUAAGAACCAGCUUAGAACGUUGUCCAGUUUUGACCAAUGACGCUGAGUUUAUGGAAAUGUACACGAGAGCUGUGGCAGUGAAAGACUCGAUUAUUGCUUCAGUUCAUUUUCUCAAGGACGUCAGGAUAAAGGUAUUGGAUUUAAUGACCUGGCCGAUUUUAUUGUUUGUUUGUUUGUUUGUUUGUUUGUUUGUUUGUUUGUUUGUUUGUUUGUUUGUUUGUUUGUUUGUUUGUUUGUUUGUUUGUUUGUUUGUUUGUUUGUUUGUUUGUUUGUUUGUUUGUUUGUUUGUUUGUUUGUUUUUGUGUUUUUGUUUGUUUGUUUGUUUGUUUGUUUGUUUGUUUGUUUGUUUGUUUGUUUGUUUGUUUGUUUGUUUGUUUGUUUGUUUGUUUGUUUGUUUGUUUGUUUGUUUUGUUUGUUUGUUUGUUUGUAUGUUUGUUUGUUUGUUUGUUUGUUUGUUUGUUUGUUUGUUUGUUUUGUUUGUUUGUUUGUUUGUUUGUUUGUUUGUUUGUUUGUUUGUUUGUUUGUUUGUUUGUUUGUUUGUUUGUUUGUUUGUUUGUUUGUUUGUUUGUUUGUUUGUUUGUUCAAAAGACAAUGGACCAUUCUGGAAUCGUUGGAAUGGUUAAUGCAACUGAACGUCCUUCAUUUCAGGGAGAAACUGAACGAGAUGCUUUAAUACUGAUGUUGGACUCCUGUAUCUUGGGGCUGCCCUACCUCCGUCAUCGAGAACUUAUCAGCCACGCCAUCAACUUGAUUAGCAAUAUCUAUCAACGACCUUCUACUCAUGGUGAAACGAAAUCUAAAUCGAAAAACAUUCUGCUCUCCAUGUUGUCGUGUGUUGACGUAGCUGUUAAACGGGAGUCGUACAAAAGUUGUUGCGACGUUUUAAAACAAGCGUUGAAACACAGUCAUGUUACGAACCCGAUGUCAAGUCUUUGCAAAAAAGCGUUGUUUAUGAUCGACCGUGAUGUUAUCUACGUUGUGUGUGCUUUUGGUUUGGCUGAUCCAGAUGAAGAGGUGAGUUCAAUGGUCUGGUUUAUUUCCAUGUCUUUCAAUUUAGUUUCGCUAUCGGACUUGGUGAAUAUUUUUGGAAAUAGAGGGAUAAUUACCUACUUCAGAAAAGAUAAAACACGCCAUUAUCAAAGCACACAAAGUCGUCAAGCAGUGAUGGUAUUAAUUCUUUCAUUAUAGGUGGCAAUCUUAAAGUUGGAGACCUAGUAAUAGAAUUAAGAGAUGCAGUUUAAUUUGCUUCCCCUUAUUGGUGUGAACAGUUUGAAGCAGGCACUAAACGGUAAUAUGUUUUGUUAUUGCCAGGUUGCACAGACAGCAAUGUGUAUUAUUGAGACACUCUUGGACAGUCGAUUAAACAUGGACACGCCAAUGUGGAGAAAAUUAUUGGAUGAUCUUGUGACGUCACUUCCGUUCCUUCAAAUGUACUUGGAUAAACGAACCAAACUUGGAACAUGCUUACUGGGGUUGUUAGCCCCACCGGGUGAAUCACCCUAUUCCCUUACUGCCGAUGGGGAAAUUGUCCCCUUUUCGCAGUUCGAGCGCCUCAGAGGGUGGCUACGUUGCAUGUUUCUAAAAGACAAAACAUUACGCGCUAAAUGUUAUGGAUAUUUAAUUCACCGUCUCGUUCAGCAAGAUGCAAAGACGAAGUGUGAGAUGGUUUAUCCGAGUGGGGCACUGGAGAACAGUUGUGAACUUUUUAUCAUCGAAACAUUCGCUGCGUCAGUUCGGUUGCAUCGCUCCAGUAAACACGCGAAUUUUGACGAGGAUAGAAUCCGGAAGUUGUUUGAUAUUGUUGCCAUGGAAAGUAACGAGCUGUCGUUAAGGAAAUCGUCAGCAGAACAGUUAGCUGUGUUGAUGCAAGGUAAGAUAGAUAACGAGUUUCUACUUGCUACAAGAGAAAACAUAAAGUGAAAUAACUUUAUUUAUAUCCUGGCUUUGUUCAUAGCUCCAUCAGUUCUAAACAGUUCCUUCCUAGAGGUCCAGUAAUGGUCAUCGCUUAUUUGUACAGGAUGUUACUACAGCAUGUUACAACAGGAUGAAAUUGUCAGAGUACACACGUACAAAUCUUACAACUUGUCAAAAAGAUGUGUCCUCAGCAGGCUUGUUAUGUAACAAGCUUGUCAACAGGUUGUAACAAUGCUGUUAUUUUAUCAAGUUGCUACAAGGUUUCACUCACAACUUGUUGACAAAUCGUUGAAUUACAGGACGAUAACAAGUCGCUGGAACAACUUGUAACAAGUCUGUUGAGCCCAACAACCUUGUAGCAAUUCUUGUUGACAAAUUAAAGUGUUAAAAUUGAGUUUAAAUUCUCCACAUUGCAGACCCAACAUGGCACAGCGUGUUACUUGAAGAAAAUGCCGACAAUUCUUUGAUAAAAGUACUUCAUGAAUCUCUUUUUAAAGAUGGAAAAAUUCACAUCAGCCCCAUCGUUAACCCCAAACUAGACCUAGUCUCCCCCUGUUUAAAGAUCCUACGCUUGCUCACCGAGUAUAACGUAAGAUGUCGUCACAAACUGGCCCAGGAUGCAUCUGUCUAUGAUAUUCUAUCCCGACAUGCAUUACUCGCGCCGGCUGGAGGGACGGUGAGAUACGAAGUUGCAUGUUUGAUGACGUUGUUAUUGUUUGAUGAGGUGGCUCGAUGUCCAUUGCUGGAAGAACGCCAGGAGAACGGUGGCGAUAUCAUGUUCGCUUUGCCAGCUUUAGUUUUGAAAAGGUACCACAUUUUCUUGGUUUCUUUGCAUGAUUCUAUUUUCAGUCCAGUUUCUACUUUCAGUAUAAUCGAUUAUACACAAUAGACCAACGGCAACGACUGCAGAAUACCUUUUGUGUAACAGCUAGAAAAUAUAACUAGAUGUUUUUUCGAUUUUUUUGUUCCACUUUUAGAUACAGCCUGUCGUUCAACCCUCCAAUCUAUGAAAUGUACAAUCCUUAUCAACGCGAAAAACUGACAGAGAGCGAUCCCUUGAGGGCUGAACCAGUAUUGUCAAUGUUGAGAGUGGCCUGGAACUUAGCCUGGUACGAGAACCCACAUGACGUUCCGGAAGUGACGCCAGGAAACGUAGAUAGGUGAAUUUUGAUAAUUAUUGCGUAUUUUCUUGUUUUAGCACCAUAAACUACAUGUACCUUCAAUUACUUAUUCAGGACAACUUUAGACGACUUUUCUUCGUAGAGGUCCAGUAACCGUUAUCCCGUAUUAACUCAGUGAUACUACUGGACGAAACCUAAACUAAGCUAACUUUAUUUAUGCUGGAUAGCUGUAUCAGUUCUAAACUGUUCUCCCUUGAGGCGAAGAUAAAGUACAUAAGGAGGCCCAGAGUUACUACAGGAAGAACCUAAACUAAACUAACUUUAAAGCUUGUAAAGUGAAAGGACGCGUAGACUAACCACCCUCGUUUACACUGUCAAAGGUGUCCAUAUGACUAUUUUAAAAUUUUACUCUACAGUGUGAACAAAGAGCUGCCGUGGACGCCUCUGGACUCGCAAUUACUCAAGUGCUGUUCUGUCAAAGUAGCGGUUACCGAAGAAAUAAAGUCUAUCAUGAAAGCAACUUCUCAUUACGCAGUGAGGUUAUCUGUAAACAGAUUGUCGAUGCAUUUUCUGGCUGAAAACAGCGUGGAAACAGAACAAGAGAUUGAAGGAGAAUCGAGAAGAUAUCUGGCUCGACAAGUGUUUUAUUCUUGCGACUGGAAGACAGCUUUUGAAAGGUUUUUUUAUACGAGGGUUUGCUUCUGUGAUUUUCUGUUAAACUCAAAGUGAUUUCUACAGAAUAGAUUAACGAGUAGAAUAGGUUAAAUAUUCUCAAACUCGUCAAUAAUUCAGGAGAAUUGUACACUCAAAAUCCUUUAUGAUAGUGAUUUAAAUCAUUUCAAAGAAUAUGAAAAAGUAUAACGAUUUGACUGCCGUCUCGUUUUCAAACCGCUUCUCGUGUGAGAUAUGUUGGUUUUAAUUUCCAGAUACUUCACCAUGUUCCCGAAGAGUUCCGACGAUGAUCAACUGCUGGGCGAUGUCCUUAAGAUGUUCAGUCGCGUAAUCACAGACUCGUACCCAGUUGCUCCUGAUGAUUUCCUCGGAUGGUUGGCUCACGUGAUCAUGACACCCGAUAGCGCAAUUACGUCACUGCUGCAUGUCAGAGAGGAGCCUGGGAAUAGCGCUCAAACAGAAUCAAAGAGGUAGGCGAUAUGGUUAACACCCCCUUUCGAUUCUUUACCUUUUAUUUCUACGAAGCUUGAAAAAAUAACUAGUAAAUAACUUGUUUUUCUUGCACCUGUAGAUUGCUUCGUAAAGAUUUACUAGAAUUUCUCGCCGUAUUUGUUCGAAGACUACGAGGUGUUUCCAAGCCGUGGUUAUGGUCAGGUGAGAUGGUUUACGCCGGCGACUUUACACUCAGCUUGACUCUGAAUCUCAAUCUAACAGACAGUCCUCAGUAUUAUGACCUGCCAGUGUUGGAAAGUACCCUAGAAUGUUUGGUUGAGAUUACUGCUAUUCCUGGCUUCAGUGCCGCUUCAAAGUUGGUCGACCCCAAAGAGCUUUGUGUGGAUAUCCUAACGAGUCUACUUCAG